AUGACGAAUUAUACGUCAGAGUCUACACCAUUGUUGGGCGCCAAUGCCUCCAAGGCAAAGAAGGAAUACGUCGUCGCAGUAGCCUUUACGCUCGUCAUUCUCGUCGACUUUGCAGGUGUUCUCACCGAAACGCCGCAGACCAACAUCCUCGAAGGCAUCAUUUGUCGUCGCUACUACAACUCUCAUCCAACCGAGGCUAGUCUUGACUGCACUGCCGGUCCUAUUCAAGCUGAGCUCGCGACCAUCACCCAGCUGUUGAAUACCUUCAAUCUUAUUCCAGGACUAUUGGUCUCCAUACCUUAUGGUGUUUUGGCCGAUACCUACGGUCGCCGAGCCAUACUUGCAUUAUCCAUGAUGGCCCUGAUCACUCAAGAUAUCCUCGCAAAGAUCAUUUUAUGGCGGUCCGAUAUCUUCGCGCCUCGCCUCAUAUGGCUGACGUCGAUUACCAGGUUCGCUGGCGGCGGUGAGAUUGUUGCAUCCUCAAUGAUCUUUCUUAUGAUUGCUGAUGUCGUCCCCGCGCAUGAGCGAGCGAAUACCUUUUUCUUGUUUUCCGCGUGCAUCCUUGUUGGCGAUGUGGUAGCUACACCUCUGGGCGCUUUGCUCAUGUCUAAAAACCCAUGGAUACCGUACAUUCUCUCGACAGUCUUGGCUACCGUUGUCGGCGGUAUUGCGCUUCUGCUUCUUCCCGAGACAUUGAACAAAGCAGACUCGUCCGAAGGAGUUCAACGACCUCCAUCUGUUACUGGAAAUGAACAGCGUGCUUCUCCAAGAACUGCAGAUAGCAAGACAUUGGGCUCUAAAAGGUUGCAAGCUCUUCUGUCUAGGCUUCGACCCCUGGCAAAGGCAAACAUCAUAGCUAUCAUGCUGGCAUUUUUUGUCGCGUCUUUGGGGCGCCAGUCUACUGGUUUUCUAGUCCAAUAUAUUCGACAACGAUUUAAUUGGUCUUAUGCAAAGGCGAGCUUUGUUGUUGCCUUAAGAGGCUCUGUCAACUUAAUACUCCUGCUAUUUCUUCCUGCAGUGAACGUACUUCUUGCCAAGCGUGGGCUUAGCAUAUCAGCAAGAGACCUAGUCAUCAGUCGCGCCUCUGUCUGGCUACUCACCAUCGGAUCUCUGGUCAUCUCCAUGGCGCCUAUUGUGGAAUUAGUCGCACUGGGCGUGGUACUUUUUGCUCUGGGUUCAGGAUUCUCCCCUGCGGCACGUAGUCUUGCAACUGCAUUCGUGCAUGCGGAUCAGACAGGAACUCUGUACUCAGCUAUGGGCCUGAUGCAAUCGGUUGGUGGUCUCGUCGCUGGCCCGUUACUAGCAACAUCCUUCGGUUGGGCGCUAAAACAGGGAAGAGAAUGGACUGGUAUACCUUUUCUUCUAGUAGCGGGUCUUUUUGCAUCUGGUGCACUUGCUCUAUCAUUCAUCCGGCUGCAGAAAGAAGUGGAGGUGGAAGCUGAGGCAGAUGGAGAAACUAGAGAUUAA